AUGGGCGAUCUGACACUUUUAUGUCGAGCCUCCGACGGCCUACCCCUCGUGGAAAUAUGGGAAGACAGAAUCUCUCCGGAAUCGUUAGAUUUAAACUCCAACGAGGUAUCAAAGGUAACGCAAUCUAUAAAAAUAAAUGCUCGCAUGAUCUGCCGGAAACUGCCGCCAAACUCGACAAAAUGCUCCAUCAUGGAAGGUGACGUAUGCUACCAUUACAUGGUGGAGGGUGGAAUCUGCUACAUGACGGUAACUUCUACUGAGUAUCCCAAGAAACUAGCAUUUCUCUACCUUGCUGAACUGUGCGCUGCAUUUGAGAAAGAGCUAGAAACACAAAGGAAAUCGCAUUCUCCGAACGACCCAUUACGCGCCAUUGCUAAGCCGUACAGUUUCAUGACAUUUGAUCGCACCAUCCAUAAAAUAAAGGCUAACUUCAAAGAUCCGAACUCAAGCAAGGCACUGCAUAUGAUCAACAAUAGCCUCAACGAGGUCACCAACAUCAUGCGGCGCAACAUCGACGAAAUACUGCAGCGUGGAGAAAACCUAGAAGAUAUUGGCCGCAUGGCAGACGGACUCAAAGCUGAAACUCUGAAGUUCAAAACAUCAUCAAAGCUGCUGGCCCAGCAAAGCCUACUCGAAAAAUAUCUGGUGUUUGUUAUUGUGGCUGUUGUCAUCAUCAUGUGUUACUAUUUCGCCUUCGGAAGCACUAAGGGGACCACAUGA